AUGGCUCCCUAUUCCAUACAAUCUGACCAGGAUGAGAUCUCUUACCUGAUGGAUUUUGCCAUGAAUACCCAUUACGGUGUCACAAGCACGACCAGAAAGCAAAUGAGGGAUCUUUUCGCUGUCGCGAGGACUGGGCGAGAUAUGUUGGCCCACUUGAUCGCUGGGCCAACUGCAAUCCCUACCACGGGAAUUUUGUAUCACUCGUUCUACCGUUAUGCAAACCCGGAAGACUAG